AUGUCGAAUAAUCGAAAAGAUUUCCCGAGCGCCGACGAGGUCAAGGCAAAGUCGAAGCAAGGCAAGGAUACUCUCGUGGCCAAACUACGAGAAGAUGGCGUUGAAAACCCCUCCGGCCUCCUCCUCACCGGCUUCAGCGCCCUCUUCCUCGCCGCCAUCCCUCUAACCUCCUACAUCACCCAACCCAACAGCAUCUUCGAAAAAUCCCUCAACGGCCUCACUUCCACCCUCACCCACCUCAUCCCUUCCUCUUCUCCCACCUCCAGCAGCACCAACAAAAUCGCCACCCUAGCAACCCUCUACCUCACAGUAACCUACGCUCUUUCCGGCGCCGCCAGCGCCGCAGGCAUCAAUUCCGCAUACGCAGAAGGUCGAGAUAAUAAUUAUCCUCGCAAACAGGUGGUGGGUCUGAAGGAGGGUUUGCCAUUGAGAUUGUAUUCGGCGCAUUAUCAUUUGAUGGAAAUGUUUCCUGGUUGGGCGGUUGUGGCUGCUUUGGCGCAGGGGAUUGCGCCCCAUGAUCAGGGAGUGGUGAAUUUGUUGGGGUUGCAUGUUGUUGCGAAGUGUUUUGUGCAUUAUCCGGCUUAUAUUCUCAAUUGGGGAAAUCUAAGGUCGUUGGCUCAUGUGGUUGCUACUGCGAGUGUGCUCAAUGUCGCUCUGCGACUUGCGAAGAGGCCGUUGAUGUAA